AUGACUAUAUCCCUCCUUUUGGAGGAAGAUGAUGAUUUAUGGCACUUGUAUAAUUUAGUAAGCAUGAAUGACGAAAUAGAGGCUUUCACUUCAAGAAAAGUUUAUAAAGAGAUAGGAAACAAUUCAUAUGUUACAGAAAUAAAGAAGAUGGUGUUAAUUUUAUGUAUUACUAAAAUAGAUUUCGAUUCAGUAAAUAAUAACCUGAGGGUGUCAGGUAAAAAUGUGAAAACCAAUGACUUUGUUAAAAUAGGUCAAUACCACACUUUCGAUAUAGGUAUAAAUGAGAAAAUAAAAAUCGUAAAAAAGAAUUGGGAUAAUAUAUAUAAAGAGAAAUUAGAAGAAUGUACAAAUAUAAAAAAGUGUGCAGAAAUUGGUAUUUUGUUAAUUGACUGUGGUCAUGCAAAUAUGUACUUACUUACAGAAUAUUUAUAUAAAAAUAUAUUUACAGUUAAUAAAAUAAUUCAUAAAAAAAAAGAAAAAAAACAUAACAACAAUUCUUUAUAUAAAAAAUCAUUAGAAAAAUUCUUUAGUGAUGUGUUAAAUAAUUUAUAUCAAAAUAUAAAUUUUGAAAAAAUGAAAUGUAUUGUCUUCGGUGGUCCAGGUUUUUAUAAAAAUGAUUUCUUUGAUUAUAUAUAUGAAAAAUCGGAUGUAAAAAAUAAUAAAGAAAUAUUAAGCAUUAAGCAUAAAAUAAUUAUUGUAAAGACUUCUAGUAUUUAUAAAAAUUCUUUAAACGAAAUUUUAAAUGAUGAAUGUAUGAAGAAAAAAAUACUUAAUAUGAAAGUUGUAUCUCAUGUUAAUAUUCUUAACAAAUUUUACAAAAUAUUUGAAAAAAACGAAGAAAAAGUAUGUUACGGAUAUAAUGAAUUAAAUUAUGCUGCCUCUGUUAAUGCAAUCGAUUCGUUAUUAAUAACUGAUAAGACAUUUAGAAAUUGCGAUGUGAAUCGUAGAAAAGAAUAUGUUAAAAUGAUUGAAAACGUUAAAAAAUUUGGAGGAAGUGUCUAUAUAUUUUCUGAUAAUCAUACAUCAGGCGAACAGUUAAAUGCCUUGUCAGGUAUAGCAGCUAUUUUGAAAUUUCCCAUUUUUUUUGAAAACAGUACGGAGCAACAUGAUAAUAAUAAUAAACAUGAGGGGGACGAAUAUGAGGACGAGCUAACUUUAGAGCAAUGCCCGUGGGGGCAUGUACAGAAGAGGGAGGAUGCCCACACGUGCAAUGAUUUUAUGUGA